GGCACAGCGGCAAAUGGCCCGGCGACAUCCAAGCCUUCCGCUGUCUAAAAGCGGCUUUCAACCUGCAAAUCGCUGAUCGCUUGAACAAGCAGUAUUCCCUCCCCACCCAAGCCUAUCCUACCCACGUCGACGUAUUGAAAAAUGGACUGGUGUUCAGACUGGAGAUAGCGCAUCCGAAAGAGAUAACGCUAUUGAGGAAAGAGACGGAGAACGGUGUUGCCAAGUUUCGGGAGAGUGAGGAGAGCGUUCGUUUGCAGUGUGAGACCGUGCUUAUGCCUCGUUUGAGAGGAGCCUUGCAUGGCCUACACCAAAAGCACCCAGCCUUCGGUCCCAGCACAUGCAUCUUCAAGCGCUGGCUGUGCUGCCACCUGCUCUCCCCUCCACACUUCCCCCCCACUCUAGCCGAGUUACUGGUAGCAGCUGUGUUCCUCCACGCCCACCCGCUGACCCCGCCCACUAUGCCCACUGUUGGGCUAUUGAGGGUGUUGCGAUUGGUGGCCGAAACGGACUGGACGAGGGAAAUGAUUGUUUUGGACUUCAAUGAGGAUAUGAAACGUGAAGAAAUAAUGGAGCUGGAAAGCAAAUUCGCCGCCCGCGAACCAGCAACUCCUCAGAUCCACAUAGUAACAGCCUACGACGGAGACUUGCCUAGCGUGUGGAGCGCAAGCGCGCCGAGUCCGCAAGUACUGGCGCGAGUCCGUACCCUCGCCGCCAGUACUCUGAAGUACUUCGAUGCUGCCAUGCUGAGCGAGAUGAAAGAUAACGCACUGAGUGCCUUCGUGCCAUCCCUAGCGGGCUAUGACGUCAUCAUCCACCUCCGUUCAGAGUUGGUCCCAUACGCCAGCGAGCGCGUAGAACGGCCCGCGUUACUACGCCCGGUCGGUGACGUCACUGACUCCGAAGUCAUACCCGUGGUCGAGUUCAACCCGGUGGAGAAAUACUUGGGGGAGUUGAGGAGCGCGUACGGAGACUUCGCGUUGUUCUUCCACGACUCGUACGGCGGAGAAGUCAUCGCGGUUCUAUGGAAGCCCGACAUUGCUGACGCCAGAGAGUUCCAACUCCUGAACGCCAACGCGCUGAAACCAGUCACUUCCAAAGGAGGAACGACGUACAAAGUGAAUGUGGAGGCGUUGGUUGAAGACUUCAGGAUACUAGGAGAGGGAUUAGUUAAGGAUAUUGUUGUUAACUAGUAAUG